AUGGCGACGCCGAAACAGAUGUGGGAGCAGCAGCAAUCGCAGAUGCAGCGAGUUAAGAACUCCGGUAUUGUCAGUUACAAUGGGAGCCCCGUAAAUGAUGACAAGGAAGAAGAAAUGUCAAGGUCUGCGGUUGCUUUGUUCCUGGCAAAGGAGGAAGAGAUUGAGAGGAAGAAGUCGGAGGUGAAGGACAAGGUCCAGGCUCAGAUGGGAAGGGUUGAAGAAACAACUAAGCGCUUGGCUGAGAUUCAAGAAGAGCUUGAAGCACUGACAGAUCCAAUGAGAAAGGAAGUUGCAAAUGUUCGGAAGAGGAUAGACAUAGUUAACAAGGAGUUAAAGCCACUAGGCCAGAGCUGCCAGAGGAAGGAGAAAGAAUACAAAGAAGCACUCGAGGCUUUAAACGAGAAGAACAAAGAGAAAGCUCAACUAGUUUCCAGAUUGAAGGAGCUUGUGGGUGAAAGUGAGAAGUUGAGGAUGAAGAAGCUGGAGGAGCUGAACAAACAUGUAGAGACUCUGCGUUAA